GAAGAAGCAGAACACGUCAGAACACCGGAAACAAAACAAGUCUGUCAUGUGAUUUUGCUGCUGCCUCCUGACGAGUAUGUAGCUGUUAGAUGUGAAGUCAGUUAAAUAAGGAAUCAAAGAAGCUGCCCAGAGGUCUGGAUAACACGAUACAGCAUUAGCCGCCAUGGCGGAUGAUUUGAAGAGAUACCUGUACAAACAGCUCCAGAGUGUUGAAGGUCUUCAUGCCAUUGUAGUGACGGACAGGGACGGUGUCCCAGUUAUCAAAGUCGCCAAUGACAACGCCCCGGUCCACGCGCUGAGACCCGGCUUCUUGUCCACUUUCGCUCUGGCCACGGAUCAGGGCAGCAAGCUGGGCCUCUCCAAGAACAAAAGCAUCAUCUGCUACUACAACACCUACCAGAUUGUGCAGUUCAACCGAUUACCGCUGGUCAUCAGUUUCAUCGCCAGCAGCAACGCCAACACGGGUCUCAUCAUGAGUCUGGAGAAGGAGCUGGCUCCUCUAAUAGAGGAGCUGAGGCAGGUGGUGGAGGUGACAUAAGCUCUAGCUGACUGAGCAGGACCCCCGUCUGGAUCACACGCGGUCACUGAAAUCUCUCUGUCUCUGAUGGUGCAUUCAGUCCCGUGGGAAAACCUGUCUGGAGGUUUUUACACUUCCAAGUACUGACCUGAAGUGUAAACAUCUUCUGACCUGUUUGAACAUUGUUCUACACUUUUUGUUCUUUGCUUUCUGCCAUAUUCUGUAGAAUUUAGGUGCUCCCCAUCAGCUAAGACAGUUUAUAUGUCAAAUCAAAUGUCAUUAAGUCCGAAUAAAUGUUAAUUUUUAGCACCUAAA